CAGAUUCAGUCACAGUUAAAAAUUGUAAAGUAAUGGACAAUGAAAUGAAUUAUUCAGUUUUUUUAAAGUGUGUUAAAUCUACAUUUUAACAUUAACUAUGGAUAACGAAAAAUUUUCUAUACGUGAUGAAGCCAUCGACGUUGGAAAAGAUUACGAAUACCUAAUACCAGCCUAUUACGCCCUUAUCUUCGCAUUCAAUGAAAACGUAAUCGACUUUAAAUUAUCAACAAACAACAGAGAUUACGGCGAUUUUGACGAUGUCAUAAUUGAAAUAGAAUUUAAAAAUGGAGAAGAACAUGUAUUUGCCCUUCAGUUAAAGCAUAUUAAGCGAACCAUUGCACAAAUUACAUUAAUCACCAAUAAUAAAAAGUUUAGUUUAAACAAGUACAGCAAAGAAUUCCGAACAGUCAAAACCAAACACUCAAAAUCUUCUCUCGGUAGAACAACCUUCAAAAAUUUUCACUUCAUUUUGUUUAGUAAUUCUUCUCUUGAAAAAUCUGAAGAUUUUAACGAAAAUUGGAACAAACUGGAACCAGUGGCCAAUGACAAAAAAAUUGAAUCUGAUGUUUUGAUCAAGAAAAUUGAAGCGUGCUUUGUCAAAGACCUGCUGAAUAUAAGUGAUUUGGGAGAAAUUUUUAUAUUCAAGUCGCAAAAAGAAAAUUCAACCGAUGAAGAAUUUUUCAAGCAAUUUUAUUUUUUUACUAAACAAAAAAAUACCAAAGAAGUUGAAAGUUCAAUCCGUGCAUUUAUGAUGAAAAAAUUUAAAAACUGUAACUCCAACAUUUUACUUAAUUAUUUGAACUUCUUUAACCACUGGUGUAGCCGAGAAUACGGCAAUUUAAAAGUGACGAAACAAGAUGUCAAAUUAAAAAUUGCAGAACUUAUCUUAGCACCUCACAUUCCAGAACCCAACACUGAAAGACUGAAAAAUAUUCCCACCAAAGAAGCACUGGAAGCUUUUGGUAUUUUUGCCACAUUUGAUCUAAUCCUUUUUGAUAAUAUUUCCAACCAAGGAUUGGACAGGAUUUGGGAAAUCGUAUUGCAAGAACUUGUACCUUUCGAUUACGACUGGGAGGAUCCACUUCCUGGUUUUUAUGAGAGAAAAUUUUUAAAAACAUUCCCUUUAUCGGCUUUCAGUGAGAAUUAUAAUGAGAUAACAUUAAAGAAAAUGUACAUUAUGAACUGGCACGCAGGACGUGUGCCUUUAGUGAUUAAACCUGACAAAUAUACUAUUGACCAAAACGAUGUUAGUGUUGUUUUAAAGUUAAUUAAAAGUGAAACCGGCAAAAAUAAAAUUGUGUUAAUAAGUAAUACGAAUGAGAUAGAUACUUCGGGAUGGAAAGUUUUCAAAGAUUUUUCAGAUUUGAAAACCCACUGCUGCCUUUCUAAAACGUUGUUCGAUACAAUGACUGUGUCACUACAAGGACGACCUAACACAUCUCUUAAACAAUUCCUUGAAAAUGAUGAGCAUUUAUUGAAAGCAUUUACAUCAAAUGAGUUUGUCUCUAUGUUAGAUGACACUUUACUAAUUGGAGACGACUGCAAGAAGGAUUUGCCAGAAUAUUACAUUACAAGAAAAGUAUCAAAAAUUUUGCUUAAUUCUAAAGUGAUUACCGCACUUGAAAACGACUUAUUUAUAAUCUCCGUUGAUGAUAAUUAUAAUCUACAAAACAUCUUCAACAUCAACACAAUCGACAUCAAGCAAUACCUCAUUCUGAAACAACGUGGUUAUCUAAACACCUACACACAAUUUAGUUUAUCUUAUUUACAAAAACUGGAAAAGACCACAAGCCUGAAUAAUAGAUUCUGUAUUUUGACUAAAAAUGAUUGCAGUAUAGAAGAACGUGAAAGUAUUUGCUGCUUAAAUAACGAUAAAAAUUGUCAUUUUGUACGCUUCAUUGACACGGAUAGAAUAGAAUGGAUACAUAGUCAAGGAGAUAUCAGAGAUUUACAGAAUUAUCAAAUCGAUUUAAAAUUCCUAAACGUCGAUGCUUUUGUAGACGAUUUGCAAGUUCUUGGAUACUUCAAAAAUCGGCUUAAUAUUAUUUGCACCGACCCGGGUAUGGGAAAAUCGAUCACAACAAAUUAUCUCAAGUAUUCAUCCUCUAACAAUACUUGGGUGAUUACAGUUAAACUAAAUCUUCACAUAAAUUUUUUCAAAGAAAAACGGAGCAUCAGCGAAGUGAUUAACUACUUAUUGUCCUCUGAAAAGAAGUCUCAACUUGUUAAAAAUAUCAUCAAUGUUUUUGAGUCCAAGAAGCAGCUAGUUUUUUUCUGGGACGGUUUUGAUGAAGUCCCUAAAGAAGCUCUCAACGGUGCGAUUGAAGCAGUUAAAUCUUUGAAUCAUGAAGGUUAUAUUCAGUGGCUAGCAGCCAGAACCAGCUUAAAAAAAUUUCUAGAGUGGUCAUUCAAUUCGUUCGCUUUAACACUCAUUCCGUUUACUUCAGAAGAUCAAUUUGAUUACAUUAGAUGGCAUUUAAAGAACAAAAUCCAAAAUGAAGAAUCAGUUGAUGCUUUCACCAACAAAAUAAACGAAGACAUUUCCACUUCUUUCAACAGCAGCUACCUUGAUUAUGCAGGAAGUCCGCUUCAUAUCCACAUGUUGACUGAAAUCUACUUACGCAGACUGGAGAAUAAAAUGGAUGAUUAUCAGUUCGUUACGCUAACUGACAUGUAUAAACACUUUAUCAAAGGAAAAUUUGACACGAUGUUUGAAAGAGCUGAAGCAGAUUCCGAUAAUUACUUCAUGGAGGAAAUUCGUAAUCAUUAUAAAACCACGCAAAUAAAUCUAUAUGAAAUCGCAGCCGUAAAAUCAAGAUUUGACAAUGUGGACUUGAACUGUGAUGAACUUGUAGACGAAAUUUUUACGAACGGAGAUAGUCUGGGCUUAAUUGUGGGGUUAACAACUGAAAGGAAAGUAAUUUUUGCCCACAAAACCUACGAGGAGUUUUUGUCAGCAUCGUGGUUAUCUAAAAAUUGGAAACAACAUAAAGAUCUAGUGUUGAUUUUGUUUGAAGACGAAUACAAUGGUAUCCGCUACAUGUUUGACUUGUUACUCGCAAACGACAAUUCUGUUCAUCUAGCUGUGCUCCACCGAAAUCUAAAUAUGCUUGAAAAUCAUAAAGACGAGAUUAUUAACAGUAAAGAUAAAGUCGGUCGAAACGCAUUACAUGUAGCUUGUUCUUGGGGUCGGAAACAUCCUGUUGUGCAAGUGGUAGAAAAUGAAGCUCAUCAAGACGUCAUUGAAAGAACAUCGGAAGAGUGUCAACAAUUAUAUGAAGACCAUCUUUUAUAUUUAAGUCACAGAAACAAAAAUAUUUCGAAAAUAAUUGACAUAUUGUCUAGUUCAGCAGGGUUAAAAAUGGGAAGUAAAAUAUUCAGCAAUUUAUAUAAUCAGAUAGACACCAGUCCAGUUCACAGUCUAAAUGCGGUAACAAUAUCGACCGAAACCCUUGUCAAAGUUUUUGAAGAGGAUGAAAAUUACUUAAAAAUUUUAGAAUUUUUAUUAACCUAUCAUUGCAACCCCUUGGAUCAUGAUAAUCUAUUGGAAUGGAACGCUUUCCAAUAUGCUGAUAAAACUUUUUGUCUUGCUGCAAUAAACGUAAUUUUGAAGUACUGCGAAAUAAAUAUUUCUCAAACAUUAAAUUACUGCAAUCACAUUCCAACCCUCUUACAUUACUCUGUUCUGUUUUUCUACGACAAGAUACUGGACAAUAUAGAUGACAUACCGUAUAUUGAGUACAAAUAUCAAUUUGGAAGAAACUCGAUGUUACAACAGGCAACAGAAUGCAACAAUUUGAAAGCCGCGUCAACGUUGUUACAAUUCCAAUCCUACAAAGACGGAAUAAACAAUCAAAGUGCAUUUUUAGGAAAUCCUCUCUCUUCAGCAUGUUCGUUUGGUAAUCUGGAAAUGGUAGAUCUACUUCUACAAAACGGUUCAGAUGUUCAUGGUCAUAAACUGCCUCCAAUUUUUGCCGCAACCCUCUAUAAUAGAUCAGAAUGUUGUAAAAAAAUACUGGAAGCAGGUACAGAUAUAAACGAAAUUUCUGAAAACGGAAACUCUCCUCUUAUGUUGUCGACUAUGUUACAAUUGUUGGAUAUGACAGAAUUGCUGCUUCAAAAUGGUGCUGAUAUAAAUUUUGUAUAUGAGGACUUUUCAAUUUUACAAAUGGCUGUUGGUUGUGGUUCAAUAGAUCUAGUAAAGCUUCUUCUCAAAUACAAACCAAACAUUAAUCGCCAAUGUGAAACUUUAGGAUACACAACUUUGCACCAUGCGAGUGAAAUGAGCAGUGUUGAGGUAGUAGAGAUUUUAUUAAAACAUGGAGCUAAUCCAAAGAUAAAAUCAAAGAAAUUGUUUACUCCUCUUCAUACAGCUCUUACAUAUAAAAACUUCGACAUUGCUUUGAAAUUAAUUGAAGCAGAUCCGAGUAUAGUAAACGAAUUUAGUUUAGAAGACAACGGAGAUAAACUUACUCCGAUGAUUCUUGCAGCUGAAAAUAACUGUCCUGAAGUAAUCAAAGUUUUGCACAAAUGUGGUGCUGAGCUUUACAUUGCUGAAAAUAUUUUAAAUCCUUUACACGUUGCUGUUGGAAAUGGACAUGUUUCUGCAGCAAUUGCAUUAAUCGAUGCUGGAGCAUCGGUUAACCAGCCUAAUACACAAGGAGUGUAUCCACUAUAUUGUGCAACAAAACAUUUAUCCACUCUCACAAUUCUUCUCAAGAAUUCAGCUAAAGUCAACGCAAAAUGUCCAGACGGAUUAACAGCACUGCAUCUUGCUGCAAUUUAUGGAAAAGUAGACGUAGUUGAAGAAUUAGUAAAAAGCGGAGCGGAAGUUAAUGAUGAAGAUUUAAGUGGAAACACACCUUUGGUCUAUUCUGUCCUAAAUAAACAUCUGGACGUUCUAAAAUUUCUGCUAGAAAAUGGGGCUAAGGUUGGGAAAAAUUCUAAACUCUUGUGUAUAGCAGCAAGAGACGAUUUUCCGGAAUGUAUACCAAUUCUUGUACAAAAUGGUGCCAAUGUAAACACAAAAAAUAUAGAUAAAGUUUUUCCUUUACAUUUGGCGUUGAUUGCUAGUAAUAGCUGUGUUGAAGUAUUAUUAAAUAACGGAGCAAAUCCUAAUGUUAAAUUUUUAGACAAUAUAAGCGCUCUUCACGUUGCUGCAGUUAAAAGAGAUAUUUUUUCUACGGUUUUACUGACUAAUUACGGUGCAGAUGUCAACGUGGUUAAUUCAGAAGGACUUACACCCCUACAUAUUCUAUCUGAUGGAGAUCAAACACCUGAAGAAUUCAAAAAUAUAACAAACUGUGAAAAUAUUCUCGAUCAAUACUUUGUCAGUUACAACUAUCAAGACUGUAUAAAAGAAUUGAUUAGUAAAAAUGCAAACCCAAAUCUUCAAAACAACAAUGGCGCAACACCUCUACAUUACGCUUGUAAAUACAGAAACGCCGAAAUUAUUGAACUUCUAAUUGAUGGUGGCGCUGAUGUAAAUGUACAAACUGAUGAAAAGCAAACUCCCCUGCACAUAGCAAUCGCGCUAGGAAAAAUGCAAGUUGUUGACUUGCUUUUGAAAAAAGGGGCCGUUCUAGAUAUUACAGAUAUUUACGGGAAUAAACCCAUCGAUUAUGCUUUAAAAGCAAUUGCAUCUCAGGAGAUGAUAAAUUUACGAGAAGAGGAACUAGAAAAAAUACGUUUAUUGGGUGCUAAUAUUAACUCUCCGGUUAAACCUAAUGGAACAACGUUACUACACCUCGCUUGCAUUGAAGGAAAUUUCAAAAUUGUACAAUAUUUGAUAGAAAAUAACGCUGAUAUAAAACAGAAAACUACUGAUGAUGGUGCUUCUCCACUGUCGUAUGCGUGCAUAAAUAACCACAAACAAAUAGUGUCUCUUCUUUUGAAAAACAACUGUAACAUAAAUACCCAAACUAAAGAAGGAAACACUGUUUUACAUCUCAGUGUUCUGAAAGGCAACAAAGAAAUUGUAGAAAUUCUUCUCGAUUUCGGCAUCGACGUCAACAUACGCAAUGCUUAUGGAGUUACGGCUUUACAACUAAGCUUGAAAUUGUACACACUUAUUAAAAAUUCUUCAGCUGAAACAAAUCUAAACGAAAUAUACUCUAGCACUAACAAUUUGUCACAUUCAGCAAGCAUUUUACAGUUCUCUGAGUUGGUGAAAAUGUUACUUAAUCAAGAAGUUGUAGUUGACGAAACAAUUCUCCUCGAAGCAGUAACCUCUAAUGACCUGGAUUUAGUCAGUUUGCUUGUCAAGAGAAACCAAAACUUAAAUUUCAACAAUGAGAAUUUGAUUGAAACAGUGAUGAACGCGGAAGUUAAAAACGAAGAUCUUUUAAACUACCUUCUAGAAAAUGGAUUAGAUCCAAACUGUCUAAUUGGUGAAACAAAUGCUCUUCAUAAAGCUUGCAAAAUUGAUUGUUGCGGUUACGUAAAGUGUCUUUUACAACAUGGAGCAGAGGUAAAUAGUGUAGAUAAAAAAGGAAUAACUCCCCUAAUGACAAUUUGUUCAAAUAAAGAUUUGCAAAUUGCCAAUCUAUUAUUAGACCAUGAUGCUGAUGUUAAUCAGAUAGAUAACCACGGACAAAGUGCCUUAUUCUACGCUUGUUAUACGGGCAACUUAGAAUUAGUUAAGUUGUUACAUAAAAGAGGUGCUAAUAUUUCUUUGGAAACUACUAUCGGAGCAGUUCCUCUCAUGGUAGCUUGUCGACAUAAAUCAGUAAUUAAAUAUUUGAUUGAAAAUGGAACUGAUGUUAAUCACAAAAAUAAAGAUAUGGUCACUGCUCUUCAUUGCGCUUGUUCCGACGGUGAAUACGAAUUUGCUACUAUUCUAAUUGAAAAUAAAGCCAAUGUCAAUGCAGUAACUGUAGAUGGUUAUACACCAAUAUAUUUGUCUUCAGUUGGUGGCCAUUUAGAUAUCAUCAACUUACUGAUUCAGUCAAAAGCCGAAAUAGACAUACCGAAUAAUCAUGGAAAUACUAGCCUGUUUGCAGCGGCAGCAAGAGGUUAUCUAAGUAUUGUCGAACUUUUGUAUGAAAACGGUGCCAAUAUUAAUGUCAUCGAUGAGGAUGGCGACACUCCACUUCAUGAUGCUGCAUGUUAUGGAUAUUUCAAUGUUGUGCAAUAUUUGGUGACGAAAAAUGCUGAUUUGGCAAUUAAAAAUUACAAUGGUAAAACGCCGCUAGAUCUAGCUGUUGAAAAGGGUCACAACGACGUGGUGGAUUUCUUAAAAAAAAUUAUGUAACAUAAUUUUGCGAUUACAAUUAUUGUACUUAUUAAUAUUGAACUGCUUUAUUCUUUUUUUAUAUUUCCUAUAUAAAUAAUGUUUCUUUAAUGCCUUUUAUUUGCCCUUCCUAAUUUAAAAUCAAGUUAACUUAAUUAAUUUGCAAUUUUAACGCAUUCUACAACAAUGUAAAGCUCACUGAUAAAAUACUUAGAUACAGGUAAAUAUAAAGUAUGGAACCAA